GCAUCUUCUUCUAGGGUUUUCGAUUUCUGAUUACCAAAGGCAAACCGAAUUCAGCCACAGACGACAACAAUGGCCAAGAACAGAAACAAGAAGAAGAAUGAUUCGACUGCUAUGGCCGUCGAUUCUUCCACCGCCAACAAUUCGGUUGCAGAUGAACCUCAAGGUCGCAGCUCUCUCUCUUUCUGUAUCCAUGGACGUAUCUGAGACCGUAGCUAAAAGAGAUUAUGUUGGCGGAGGACUUCUCAGGAAAGUGAAGGCCGGGAGACCCAUGAAGAGAUCGAAGAAUGUUAGGAAGACGAAGGCACUAGCCAAAGCUCUGUCGAAAAGUGAGCAGUCAGUGGAGAAAAUUUCAAAAAGUGAGAGCAAGGUAUUGAGGACUAAAUCUGCCAAAAAUCUCUACCAAUAGUGUGUAGUAUUAGAUUACUGUUUAUGGUUUUCAUGUUUAGUUAGUCAUGGCUAAUUAUUUAGUCACUAUGUUCAAUUUUGCAAAGGUGGAGUGUUACUUUGUGGACAAAUUCUUGAUAAGAGUGUAGUUUGCAAAUCUAUUAUUCAUUUACAUGCUA